CUUGUGUCUUGACAAUCUUUCUGACAUAUUUAAUGGGCACUAACUUCUUCUGGAUGUUCGUCGAAGGCCUCUAUCUCUAUGUCCUGGUGGUGAAAACGUUUUCUUUUGAGGUCAUCAAGGUCCAGAUCUACGCUCUUGUGGGAUGGGGGUUACCUGCCAUUGUUGUUUUCAUCUGGGCUCUCAGUAAAGCUUACUUUUCACCACUCUCAAGUGACACGUUUUUACUAGUAGGGUGUCCAUGGCAGAACAGAGAUAGUUAUGAUUAUAUAUUCAUUGUGCCGGUUAUAAUCGUUUUAUUGGUAAACAUAUUCUUUCUCGGACAGAUCAUGUGGGUUCUAAUCACUAAACUCAGAGCAGCCAGCACGAUCGAACAAAAGCAGUACCGAAAAGCUGCUAAAGCUCUGCUGGUUCUGAUUCCUCUUCUUGGAGUUACAUAUGUCCUGGUCAUUGUAACUCCGACUCACAGAACGGCCCGAAUUGCCUUCACCUACAUUCAGGCUACGUUACUCUCCACCCAGGGUCUGACAGUUUCCAUCUUGUAUUGUUUCCUCAAUGGAGAGGUUCGAAACACGCUCCAUCAACAUUUGGAACGGUGGAGGACAUCCCGAUCGUUGCAGGGUUAUUCUACACGUUGUAGGUUCACCAACAAUAGAGACAGCCCCCGGCUUACUGCUCGUGAACGGGCAGAUAUGGAUUGGACAGAGAAUAGAAAGAACUCUCCCAUACAACUAAAUAGCUAUACAACUGGAGGUGCCUGUACUCGAGGGAAUAGCAACGAAGAGGCUGUUUAGCCUUUUCGAAUAAGAAUUGAGAAAAACCUGAUAAGGAAUAGAAAAUACUAUAAGUAAAUAAAUAAA